UGAAGCUGGAUCGAAAAGGUUGGCAGAUAUUUUCAAACACAACAUGCCCGGUAUUAUUUGUUGGCAUCUAUGGAAGACCUAUGCCUCCUUUGUGUGGGGUUCGAAUGCUAUUCCACUUCCAGAUCAUCUUAUUAGCCAGAUUAAGUGCUACUCUCAACGCUGGGCUUGUAAACUAACUAAAGGUAAGCCGAAACCUAUCGAUGAUUUCCUCAUCAAAGAGGGGAUGGUUUUGAAAAAUUUCAGGUAUAUCGAUUCAGGAAUUCAAGUCAUCAGAUGGAAGAGACCAAAAAAAAAAAAUACAAAUUGAAUGUAGAUGCAGCAUACUUACGGGGAAUUUCUCAAGGUGGAGCAAUCUUGAGGAAUAACAAUGGAGAACUGAUUUGGGCGGUUGCCUUUCAUCUAUGUUCCAAGUCGAGCGAAGAGGCAGAGGUGAGAGCGCUGGUGCAAGCCACAGAAAUGGCUAUGGCGGAAGGCUUUGUGGAUGUUCAGGUUGAAACAGAUGCGAUGCGGAGCUUAACACUACUUCAGAAUGAAAUAGGCAACCACGGUGGGCUGACAGAUUUCAGACAAGAAGCUUUGGGCCGGAGUUAUACUUUCGAACAUGUUCUCCGAGAGGGUAAUGGGCCUGCGCACAGCUUAGCAGCCCACCCUGUUGGUCAAGCUCUCUGUGUUCGAUUUGAUCAAGUCGGGUCCUUGCCUAAUCAAGUAAAGAUGAAUUACUAUGCUGAUCUGUUUGGAAUUCCUAGAUUCCGUCUUUAAUUGUGUUUUUAUCUGUUUUUGCUGAUCUUUUUCCUGUAUUCGCUUUUAAUUUUUGCUUUGUUAUUUUGGGUCAGGUCUAGCCCCCCAAAAUUUCUGUUACUUUUACCAUUUCUUGGUAUGUUAGGUUUUUCAGAAGAAUGCUUCUGUGAGAGGUUUGGUCUAGUCCCCCUCUCUUUUGUAUCCUGAUCUCUUUAAUAAAAUAACGGCAUCUGACUCCCGGCAUUUGCCCCACUGAUUUUGGUGGUUUGCCUUCC